GCAAGUUGAAACCGGUGCGCACGCAAGACGCGCACACACGCACUCGCGCACACACGCAUACACAUACACAGACACACACACCAACCAGCUCAGGGCUUCUCAGAACCAGAGCUGGGAGUCUGAGCCUCAGGUAGAGAGACACAGAGGGAAACUGCUCAGAGAGGAGGGAGCGCAGAGAGAGGGAAUAAAGGAGAUGGAAUGACCCAUUGCUGAGCUCCAGGAUUUCUUCUUACAAACGGCCCACGGGAAAAGAAAGCAAGAUGAUCUCAUGGUCCUCUCUCUCAAGCUCCGUCACGGCAGCUCUUGAGCCCUGAUUGCCGCUUGUGAAGAUUGCCUUCACCCAGGCAGGCCAGUCGAGAUGACAGCCGUACCCAACAAGGAGCUGGUGCUCGUCGAGUUCGAGUACGAGUACACCGGCAGAGAUGGCGGCCUGGUGUCCAUCAAGCCCAACGAACGGUACAUCCUCCUCGCCAAAACCAACGACCACUGGUGGCACGUCCGCAAGGACGAGCGCACCAAGCCGUUUUACAUCCCGGCCAAGUACGUGAAGGAGCUGCCGUCCGAUUUCCCCUCUCCGCUGGACUUCAUAUGCCCGAGCAUGCCCAAGGUCCCAGAGAAUGCGAGCUCCAAAAAGCCCAUAGAGAUGGUGGAGGAGAGACCGGGCGAAGUGACCAUUCGGGUCCGGCCACAGGGCAACUACAAGAAGGCGGAGAAUCGGAUGUCGACGUUCGGUGUCCCGCUGGACCUCCACGAUCCCGUUUUGAAACGCGGUGGGCAUGCGGAUUCGGUGGGGGUGCUCCAGCCCCACUCUUGCGAGAGCACCACACCCUCGGCCUGCACCAAAGAUGGAAAGAGGUUCAAUACGGCUCCCAGUGCGUCCUCUGGCUCCCGCCCACUUCCGGACGACCUGCAGCAAUUAGCCCUGAAGUCCAGAGUCCCCAGCUUCAGCCCGGCUGACCCGGUAAUCAGACCAAUCCAGGCAAAGCCGGUUGAGCCACCCGUUAUCAAGGACAUUGAGGUUCAAGAGCCACUGGAAACGCCAAAACCGCCUGCUGGAUUUGAAGAUCCACCGGGUCCGGAUUCUGACCUAUCACAGGACUCAGAGAAUAUUUAUGAAUCUAUAGCAGACAUACAGGACUUGAGGCUAACGGAAUCACCUGUGAGAGAAACAGCUCCACCUCUUACACCAGCUCCAGCUGCUACUCCAGCGCCGGUCCUGGCUCCAGCACAACCUCCACCACCUCCUGCUCCAUCACAGACUGAGAAGACAAAACCCAGCACUGCGGUGUAUGUCAACAUAUCAGACUUGAAAAAGAUUCCACAAUCCACCCCAUCUGUCUCCUCCGCCUCGGGAGCAUCAUGCCGCCUGUCUCUGGAUUCGGAGGGAUGGGAGGUACACACUGACCAGGAGAGCGGCCAGGAGUACUACUACCACCCUGCUACAGGACAGAGCACCUGGGACAACCCUCGCAGUCCCCUCGCAGACCCCGAGUCGCCCCUGGAGGCGCGGUCCUCCCCCUCACCGGUCCACUCCCCCAGCCCGUCCCCAUCAGUCCCCAGCUCGGGGGGCUCCGACUGGGAGCGGCUCCUGGAUGAGGCCAGCGGCCGGCACUACUUCUACAACCACGUGUCCAGGGAGACGUCCUGGGUGCCUCCGGAGCUGGCCUCCCCUUCCUCCCCGGUCAUGGAGCCUCAGGGCCUGCAGAAGCCCCGGGACAAUGGCCCGCCUCCCCUCCCCGAGGAAGAUUACCCCUUGGAUGACCACGAGGAGCCCAGGCCUCCCCUGACCUUCCCCAAAGACUUGCCCCAGAUAAAGCGGGCGGUGAUCCCACGGGCCAGCGUGGACACCAACCCCCCGGUGGGCUGGACGCGCUCGCUGGAUCCAGAGGGGAAGACCGUGUUCACCAGCGAUCGCACCCUGGAGCAGUGGAUAAUGUCAGUGGAUGAGAGAGGACAGACGUACUACUACCUGCGAGAUGGAUCCAGGUCCCAGUGGAACUUGCCAGAGCUUUCGGGUGCGCCCGGCCAGCUGAAGGUGGGGAACGGAGUUGACCCAGAGGGUGUGGGCGUUUUGAAGAACUGGAGGCACACCAUGAGCCCCAGCCCCAACAAGGACGAUGUGAAAUUCUUCCCAAAUCACAGGAGAAACGUCUCUGACUACGCCAGUGACGCAUCUAGCUCAGGCAACUCUCCAGAGUUAUCUCACCAUGCUGAUAGGUUCAAACAUCGGAGGAAUCCCUCCAAUCAGAGCUCAGACUCCCAGCAGCAACAUGCCCAGAUUUUGGAAAAAGCUGGAAUUGUCAACAAAACCAAAAUUGCUGAGAAUGGGAAAAGGCUAAGGAAGAACUGGGCGCCGUCCUGGACGGUGCUCCAUGGCGGAAUUCUAACCUUUCAUAAAGACCCAAAGUCUACGCCGACCGGAACCACGAACAAAACCAAUCAGAUCGUCCCAGAAUACACGGUGGAGCUACGCGGGGCGACAAUUAACUGGGCCUCCAAGGACAAAUCCAGCAAGAAGCACGUUUUGGAGCUGAAGACGCGGCACGGGUCCGAGUACCUGAUGCAGUAUGACACAGAGAGCAUCAUCAGCGACUGGCUCAGAGUGAUCACCGACAGCAUCCGGCAGCUGGAUAUGGACCACCACUCUGAAGAGGAGGACGACGAGGGCAGCGAGAAGUCCCCGGCGGCUGCAGAAAAGGACGACAAGGACAAGAAGAAAAACUCCACCAGGCAGAGCGUGUCAGGUCCCAGUGCGGAUUCAGAGCAGGGGAGGGUGCGCACCAAACUCCGCAAGUUCCUGCAGAGGAGGCCAACGCUGCAGUCUGUCAAGGAGAAGGGCUACAUUCGGGACAGCGUGUUUGGCUGCCAUUUAGACACUCUGUGUAUGCGGGAGAACACCACCAUCCCCAGCUUUGUUGAGAAGUGCAUCAAGUCUGUGGAAAAGCGAGGUCUGAAUAUUGACGGGAUCUAUCGGGUCAGCGGGAACCUGGCUGUCAUCCAGAAACUGCGGCACAAAGCGGACCAUGAGGAGAACCUGGACCUGGAGGAUGGGCAGUGGGAGGAGAUCCACGUCAUCACGGGGGCGCUGAAGCUCUUCUUCCGAGAGCUCUCCGAGCCACUCUUCCCCUUUAGCCACUUUGACGGCUUCAUCGCGGCCAUCAAACUCGGUGAUUAUAGCCAGAGGGUGUCUUACAUGCACGACCUGGUUAAGACUCUCCCUUUGCCCAAUCAUGACACCAUGGAGCUUCUCUUCAGACACCUGCGCAAGGUGAUCGAGUUUGGAGAGGUGAACCGCAUGUCUGUUCAGAGCGUAGCCAUUGUCUUUGGCCCCACCCUGCUAAGGCCCGAGACGGAAUCUGCCAACAUCACCAUGCACAUGGUCUUCCAGAACCAGAUUGUGGAGCUCAUUCUCAACGAGUAUGAUAAGAUCUUCCGUCCGGACUGAAACUCCAGCCUUGGACAGUGGACACAGGCUGCUGGGAAGGACAAUGGGAGCAUGGGCUGCUGCAUCAACAGGGUUGGAGCAAGAUUGAUUAGGGCCAAGUAGCUGGGCCUGGUGACUUCUUCCAUUUCUAAACAUGCAUGUUUUGUAUUUAGGGCUCCCCAGUUUCAGUCCUGUUUGACUGUGGCACAGGGCUCCCAUUAUAAUUCCCCAUCCAUCUGUAUUGGUACUCCUUGUCUUCUCAAUACCUGUGAGAAGACAAGGGGAAAGCAGUUUAUUGGCCAGCCCUGAAGCAGAGGAAAGUGACAUCUUUUUUGAUGAUCCACAUAACAAGCCUGUGGUAACCUACUAUUUUGAUGUUGUUUGAUGUACAAUGACGCCUUGGGUAACCUACUCUUUUGAUGUUGUUAGAAUUACAACAAUAUUUUUGGUAUAAAUCUGUUAUUCCAAUGAAUGACAUUUUCUGGUUUUCAGAGGGAUUGAUUGUCGACUGUAUUGAACCAUUUGUGAAAUCUGGAUUUCUACCACAGAGUUGCCAUAUAAAGAAUAGAUUUAAUUUUUUUUCCUUCACUGUCUAAAAUGUCCUGAAAUGUUUGUUACUGUGAUGUAUAAUGGGACAUUCUAUAAUUGCCACUGCCAUAGCCUUAAUGUUAAAGGGAAGAUUACUUGCUUCAUGGUUAUUGUACAAUGUUCCUAAAAAGCUGGAGGUGGUAAAAUACAGUAAUACAGCUACUUUGUACUGAGAUGACAAUGCAUUUAGACGAUUAUACAUAUUUUUAUAAAUUCCAAGCAUUAAAUGUUAAAUAUUAGGGAAAACAGCUUGUGGUUGUACAGUCUACUUUUGUUAGCAUUAAUGCUAUAUAGAAGGAGGA